AUGAAUCGCCAAGAGAGAGUCAGUCCUGGAACUGCAGCCCCAGCAGAAGAGAGAAGCUGCUCCUGGCUGAACCCCUGGGUCUUCCCUGUUUCUGUCCUUGCCAUCAAAACUGCCUUUGUAACCAUCUGCCUUGUUGUUUUCCUUCAUGGAAGCUAUGGCCAGUACAAGAGUCUGCUCCAGAACCCUACGGAGUGGCACUGUGUCCCCAACGUAUCUGCAGGCAAAAAGGAAAGCUGGAUAUGCUGCCCGACGGGCUGGAAACGCUUUCAAAAAAGCUGCUAUUAUCUGUCGGAUGAUAUGAUGGGCUGGGCUGAGAGUGAGCAGAACUGCAGUGGGAUGGGCUCCCGCCUGGUGGUGGUCAACAGCGAAGCAGAGCAGGAGUUCCUCUUCAACUUGGCAAAAGGAAUAUUUACUAACGCCUAUGAAACAAAAUACUACAUAGGCUUAACUUACGAAAAUGGGCAAUGGCAGUGGGUGGAUCAGACUCCAUAUAAGAAGGCAGCCACGUUCUGGAAACCUGGGGAACCCAAUUUACUCUUUGUAGAAAAAUGUGCUGCGAUUCACAUCAAGGGAAACACAGACUCCAGUACUUACA